AUGGAGAUAAACAAAUUUCAAAGUUGUAGUAGUGGAAGUACUAAAUUUCACAUGAUGGAGGAGAAAGAGGGUAAUUUCUGGCAAGGAUUAAGGGUGCUGCUCAUAGAUGACAAUGUUGUUUGUCUCAAAGUGAUGGCUACUAAUUUGGAGAAGUGUGGAUAUCAAGUGAGUAAGACCAUGCACGCAUCCGAAGCAAUUGAGAUGUUGAGAAGGAACAGGAAUGGAUACGACAUUGUGAUGACCGAUGUCCUAAGGUCCGACAUUGAUGGCUUCCAACUUGUGGAAUUCAUAGGUCGCGAAAUCGGCAUGCCCGUGAUACUGAUAUCGGCAAAUGACGACUUUGAGAUGGUGAAUAAGGGAGUUUUAAGUGGUGCAAGUGACUACCUUGUAAAGCCCGUUCGCAUAGAGAUCCUUAAAAACAUCUGGCAACAUGUCAUCAGAAAUGCAAAAAAUUGUCCGAAACCUAUGCCCCAACUGCAGAUUGAUUCUAAUCAUCAUCAACCAAACCCUAAUGUUAUUGUGAAGGAAGCUCAAUAUCAUUAUGUUGCAGCUCAAUCCGCCCACAACAGCACUAAAGUAUGUUCAAGUUCAACUACUAAUAAGUUUGGGAAACCUCAGAGAAUGGAGUGGACACGUGAACGGCACGCAAGUUUCGAGGAUGCUAUUCAGCGCCUAGCAAGAUCAGGAGAAAAAGCAAGUCCAAAGUCCAUUCUCAGACUCAUGAAUGAGCCAGGGUUGGCUCGAAAACAUAUAGCGAGUCAUCUUCAAAAACACAGGCAAACUGCGGAAAAAGAAGCAUCACUUCAGCGGAGCAAUGUUGCAUUUGCUGGAUACGAUGGCUGCAACAAUUUGUUCCAAAAUACUUCAAGCAGCAGUUUGUUCAGUAGCCACCUUCCCCACCAAAACCUUAAUCCAGUUCAACCCAUCCAAGACGUGUUUCCAAGUCAAAGUCAACCAGCCAGAAAUAUUUUACCACAACAACCAUGUGGCUACCCAGUCCUCCUUGAAGAUUUCUCACAUCAAAAGUCAACCUUACCAUCUGGUCAUCAUCAGCCUAGUUGCAUAGAUGGACCAUUUUAUUCACGCCCAACUUGCUCACUGCCAGCAUUGCACGAAAGGGAAAACUUGUCCAUAGUCAAUACUUCUUACCAUGGAAGUUCAGAUAGUCUUUCAAGUAGUGCUUCAACUACUAUUUCUCCAAUGGUGAACAGUGAUCAAUAUCAAACAGCCACCUCCGAACUUUUGCAGAUUGUGGGUCCAGGAAUUGUUCAAAACCCUGCAAACAAAGAAAUUGAGAACUAUUGUCUCCCGGAUGAAGAAAUCCAAGCCUUAAUUGGAGAGUUCGGAGAUAAUCCAGCACCCUCCCUUGGAGGAAUAUCAUCAGUAGAGGCGAUUUUCGGACAUUCUGCUGUUUUUUUUGUCUAG